AUGCAUUUUUUCGGCACUUUUCUAUUGAUCAACUAUGCUGUUUUGGCAGUCCAAGCAUGCCUUUCAUCACAACAACUGGUACGUUUGGAGCCAGGAUCGCCAGGACCGGAUGGGAAUGAUGGAGAAAGAGGACCACCAGGACCUGAAGGAGUGCCUGGACCUCGGGGACCGCAGGGACCGAUUGGAGAUCAAGGAGCAAAAGGGCCAAAGGGAAUUCAAGGUCCACCGGGACUGCCAGGACCACCUGGUGCAGAAGGACCGGCAGGCCCGAUGGGACCAAUGGGUGGGGGGGAACCACUCGUUUAUUUGCGUAUUUGUUUUGUUUGUGGACUUUGA